AUGGGAGACGUUAUCAAUUGUACAAGAUUUUUUUCUCGAGCUAAUGAUUUGGUCCCAUUACCAGAAGAACCAGUCGACAUUCCUCGAAUUCCUCUCAUUUCGCUUGCAUAUCGUGUUGGAAACGUUUUAGGUAUAUUUGGUGAGAAAAUAACUGAACAACACAUGAUGAAUGCUCUUCAACAAACAAUUCGUCAAUGGAGAGAACAAGGAAUACUGGUUGAUCUGCAUGAUUUUACAUCGUGUCCAAAACUAGAUGUAUUUCCAGCCAAAUUUGUCAUCUUUCUGGAAUUGAUUGACGAUCAAGGGUACAAAAUUGAUGCACAACAACUUCGAAUUCUUCAGAAUACCGCCAGUGCAGAAGUCGAUCAACAACUUUGCAAAGCGAACCAAGGUUAUACAAAUGGUCGAAGUGCAACAAGGCUUGAUUCCCUUGAUUGUAUUUUUGUUCGAACUGGAACAUUCUCAACAUUCGUAACCAAAUUCUUGAUGACCGAUCGCACCAGUUCUGUGCAAAUCAAACCUCAUCGAAUACUGAAGAAUGAGGAUCAUAUUCGAUUCUUUUAUGACAAUCAAAUUGAUAUAUCAUCGUCGUAAUUAUCAUGUGUUUUUUUGUAAUGAGGGUGACCAUCGAAAUAAUACUCAUUUGACAUCCUAUCUAUUUAGUUUUUUGGUUUUAUUAGUGCCUUUUUUUAAUUAAUAAACAUAUGCUUAAUCGUCACUCUAAUUUCAUCAAAAUGAAAGAAUUCAUUGUAAUGUGGGUGCGGGUAUGGGUGUGAGCAUGACAGAAUAAAACGGCCACACCCACACCCACACCCGCACCCACAGAUCCUUAAGGACUAUCUUAUGGGUAUUCCUAUAUAGUAGACCUUGAGGGCCUAUACAUCCACCCAUGUUAUAACAUCUAGAAUAACUUUAAGUUAAGUUCAUUUGAAAAGAAAUAUUUGAAAAAGCUCAGCUUGUUUAAAAGAGCUGUUCGAACAGUUCUCUAGUUCAUUUGAAUGAAGUUCGACAACGUGAGCCGGUUGACCCAUAUUGCUUACUACUCUCCAGGAUGAUUUUGUAGACAGUUUGGUCAAAACCAAUCUGUCGUCCAUAAUCUUUUACGCUUUGAAGUGUACAUAACACUCAGAUUUAAAUCCGAGAUUUCCACAUUUAUUCUUAUCUAUUAUCAGCAAUGCGAUCGACCACCAUAUGCUAUAGACUCUUAUUGAAGAAUACUUUCGAUAUUUUACUCUAUUCAUUCUUUAGUUGAAAAUUGAACCAUAUUUACUAUCAUCAUCCUCGUCCUUCUAGUGCGUUCGUCUUUUAGCAUCCAAUCUAACCUAGAUAUGUAGUUGAGAAAAGAUUAUAUAUUAGUAUUUAUUUUAUUUUAUCGUCUGUUAAACUGUUCGCUAUUAAUCGUCAGAAUUUAUUAUUUUCAGUUUUAAUGAUGUGUUCUUUUGUUUCAUGAAGAUUUUUUUUACUUAUGCAUGAAAAUCAAAAAAUUCAUAAGUUUUGAAAGAGGUAUCAUAGGUUCACAAUUUGUUCAUACUUUCUAUUGAAGUCUUUUUCUCCUAUUAAUCGAAAUAGCAGUUUUGAAAAUAAAGACAUUCAGUUUCAUAAAGUUCUUUCAUCAGAGAAAGUCGUAUUUGUGAUAAAAAAAACAGCUUCUAAACUUAGUAAAACUAGUAGAGUUACUAAUUAGUUAUGUAAGAUAUCUUCUCGAAUUAGGAAAAAAUUAUUUUGAUACUUACAUAUGUUAAGAUUUUAAACUACAAGUAUCUCUAAAUGUUCUUUUGUGCUGUUAUAUAGAAGAUUUUGACACAUUUUCGAGCUGAGAAAUUCUCCUAUUGAUUUUAAAUUAAGCAAAUUACCUUCUCCCAAUAAUACACAUGUAGAAAAGUAUUCAUUUCUACUUGCAUUGUUCAUGUAUAACUGUUCAGAUGUGAAUAUCAUUGUAUAGAAAAAUGGUUCAAUUGAUCGUUUUUCAUAUGCAUUUCAAAAUUGAAACUUAAUGGUAGUGAUCUUAUAUUCUUGACUUAUGAUUUUUUAUUCUUCAUAUUAUUUGAAUAUAUCGAAUUUUGGGAUUGUUUAUGGUGUAUUCCAGUAAUAAAAGAUGAAUAUUUAUCACCGUGACUUCUACAUGCUGGAAAAAUCUAAUUAGAAACUGAUGCGAUUUCUUUUUAGUAAUUCAUGUCGUUUCUCUUAUGCCAAUGAUUAAAACUGCAUACUAAUUCAUUGUACAUCGACUGAGUAUAUAUAUAGAUUAAUUGUGAAAAACAGGUAAAAUACACUCUGUUACCAGUCAAGUCAUCGAAGAUUAACUUAGUUUUAGAUGUAUACAGCUAUAAAAAUCAAUCAGUUACUUUUGAAUCUUUCAUGUUUGAUCAAAUAUUGAGGAAAAAAGAACUUAAUCUUUAUUUGGCGAUAAUUAUCAGAAUGAGACAUCUAGUUUUAUAGAAAUCUAUUUUAGCUAGGGUAUGGGUGUAACAAGAACCACGCCUCGCACUCACUCACAUCCUCAAAUCGAUGACAAACUGUAAUCUGAUGUCAUCAUGAGACUCAUCACAACCAAUCGUCCUAUUUGGACUACUUUCCAAUGUCUAUAGGGUAUUAGGCCAAUUUCUUGUUUGUCAAAGAUAGAAGCAUAUCUUCUAAACUAUUUACGUUAAAAAUCGAUCAUUCGAUACAUGGCAAUCGUCGAUUUCGUCAUCAUUUUAAAAGUGACAAUGGAUCAUGAAAGAACAGAAACCAUAUUUAAAACAUAAAAACGAAAAUUUUCUUUCAAGAAUACCUUAGUAUGCAUCCAUUCUUUUUAUCAUUUGUAAGUGAAACUUGAUGACUAGAUAGAGAAACAAUCGAUACAUUCUGCGAUAUACAAUAGGUCGAAGAAGAACAUACAAAGAAGUAUUGAAAACAUUAGAUGUUUUCUUUAUUUUGAUGACUAAUUCGAAAUAUCAGAAAAUCCUUGAUAAUUAUUUUGCUAAGUAAUAUCUGGUUGUUUAGACUCAACUAUUAUUCAUUUUAAUCAGUGGAAGUAGUAUAGUGCACAAAAAUGGAUACCUUUCGGUUUUGAGCAAAAUCAACAAGAUUAUGAAGAAAACAAAGAGAUAAAAUAUCACUUGAAUUUCAAAGAUAUUAAUUCAAUCGCAAUGGACAUCUAUUGUAAAUGCAGCUGACACAUUAUAACAAACAUGAAUGUUCAUGGGCUAUGGUUUCUAGUUUAGUUCAUGCUCUAUUUUAGUUUAUUAGUGAUCACUAAUUGAUUUGUAAAGUUGAGAUCAGGGUGUGGGUGUGGGUGUGGGUCUGAGUGUGAGGUGUGGCUGUGGCUGUGGAUGUGGAUGUGGGUGUGGGUGGUGUGGCUGUGGGUGGGUGUGGGUGGGUAUGGGAGGGUGUGGGUGUGGGUAUCAAAGAAAACACGACUGACACCUAGACCCCACAUCCACUCCCACGCCCACGCCCACCCACACCCACAUCCACACCCACACCCACACACCCACACCCACCCACACACCCACACACACCCACACCCACACCCACACCCACACCCACACCCACACCCACACCCACCCACACCCACACCCUAUAAUAUAUUACAAAAGUAAUAAUACUUUGAACUUGACACACGUAUGUCUUCAUCGAACGAAAAAGCACAAUUUAUUAUCGAUUUACAGCAAACGUCAUAAGUGGGCACGAUUGAAACAACGAGGACGACAGAAGAGUUAUUUGGUUAUAUUUUAUUGAUGAAAUCCACAUUAUAUGUGCAUCAUCUUGAUAAUUAAUAUCAUCGCUUUUUCUUUCUAUUAACAAUGCUACCCUAUUUUCCAUAGAAUCGCCUAAUUUUUGAGCAAAUUCAAUAGCAAAGUUUUUCCAUUCUUUUCUUUAUUCUUCCAAUGAAAUAAUUAAUCGAUAUACACGGUUCUUUGUUUAUUCUGAGCUACAUUAAUGCCUACGCAUUUGGGGUGUGGGUGUGGGUGGGUGUGGGGUGGCUGGGUGUGGGUGUGAAUGUAGGUGUGAGUGUGGUGUGGGUGUGGGUGUGGUGUGGGUGUGGGUGUGGGUGUGGGUGUGGGUGUGGUGUGGGUGUGGGAUGUGGGUGGGUGUGGGAUGUGAGUGUGUGUAUGGGUGUGAAUUUAGAGAGGAGUUACACCCACCCACACCCACACCCACACCCACACCCACACCCACACCCA